AUGCAGCCGCGGCUCUGGCUCCUCCUUGUGGCGCAGCUCUCAGCUCUCCACAGUAGCUUGGCACUCCAUCAGACACCUGGAUCCCUAAUGGUUCAGACCCACCAAACAGCGAUCCUGUCCUGUGAGAUGAAAACUUCCCGCACUAAUAUGCGUAUCUACUGGCUGAGACAGCGCCAAGCCCCAAGCCUGAACAGUCACCAUGAGUUCCUGGCCCUCUGGGAUCCCAUGCAACGGACUGUGUAUGGCAACAAUGUGGUACAGAAGGAGCUAACUGUGUCUCAGAAUGGGCCACGGUUCACCCUCAACCUCACAAGGGUGAAGCCUUCCGACAGCGGAACCUACUUCUGCAUGGUUGUUGGGAACCCUGAGUUGACCUUCGGGAAAGGAACUCAGCUGCAUGUGGUUGAUGUUCUUCCCACCACUGCCCAGCCCACCAAGAAGCCCACCACCAAGAAAAAAGUACGACGGAUCACAAACCUACUUACCAGGAAGGGCCCAUCUUGUAGCCCCAUCACCCUUGGCCUGCUGGUGGCUGGCAUCGUGGUUCUGCUUGUGUCUCUGAGUGUGGCCAUCCACCUUCACUGCCUAUGGAGGAGAGCCCGGCUUCGCUUCGUGAAACAGUAA